AUGAAUGUAUUCGCUAUUUCCAUUUUUAGCUCACUGGUGAUAUCGACACAUGCAUACCAUGCUUCGGACUUUCUUGUCGAAGGUCUAGAAAAGAUCGAGCCGAAUUAUGCAAAGUUUGAUGGCAAGAUGUACGCUGGGUUGUUGCCAAUCGACAUUGAAGAAUCGGGAAAAGAGAACGAAGAAAAGAGAGGGGAACUAAUGUUUUGGAUGUUUCAAGCCAAUAAAGAUCUAGAUAGCAUAACAAUUUGGCUCAAUGGUGGACCAGGUUGCUCAUCGUUCAGUGCUGGAAAUUUCUUUGAAACGGCCCCCGUCACAUCUCCUCACUAUCGGGCAGGGUAUCCAAAGACUUCUUACGAUGAACCGUUUACCCAUAAUAAAUGGGCCUGGACACGUGCUACAAACAUGAUGUUUAUUGAGCAGCCGACCAAUGUUGGCUUUUCUUGGGGUCCGACAGUAACUGACGAGGCAGAUCUUUCUCAAGACUUUUACAACUUUUUGCAGAACUUCUUUACAACGUUUCCAGACAUGGCGACGAAGAAGCUUUUCAUCUUCGGCGAGUCGUAUGCCGGGAUGUAUGUUCCGUCGAUUGCCCAUAAGAUCCAUACCGAAAAUGUGAAGGGUGAACACAGGACGAUAAAUUUGAGUGGAAUUGCACUAGGGAAUGGAUGGAUGGAUGCGAUGGGACAGGGGUCCGCAGUCAUUGAUUAUGCCUACUGGCACGGCAUGAUCGACUCUCCAACACGUGCCAACUUGUUUGAAGCCUGGGAUGCAUGCAAAGCAGGCGAUAAAUUGGAUCCUCCACUUCACGACUUUAAUGUCCCCGAUGAGUGCAACAUUAUGGGGGCGACCAUGCAAGCUGCCGGUGCUGGCCUCUUCCCGGAUAAGAUUCCGAACGUCUACGACGUGACAACUUGGGAUACAUAUCCGAUUUUGAAUGAUGCAAACAACACAUUUGAUGUGUUCAUGAGUAAUCCUGAGGUUCGAAAGGCGCUCAACGUACCCGAUUACAUAACAGUGCCAUGGAUGGGAUGCAUUCCUGGGGCUGGUCGAAGAUUGGAAGAAGAACUUUUGCCCGGGAAAACCCUCCUCGUGCACGACAAGCCAGAAUCCGUAGUGCCGUACGUCGCAGAGCUUCUGGAUGAGGCAGGAAUUCGAGUGCUUAUUUACAAUGGUGAUCGAGAUAUCAGUGUCUGCGCUCAAGGAUCAGAGAAACUCCUGGAUGAAAUGAAUUGGGACGGAGCGAAUGGCUGGAAGAACGAAGCCAAAAGAGGGCUUUGGAUGGUCGAAGACAAUAUGGCGGGGUAUGCCAAGACGUACGGCAAACUUGACUUUGUUAUUGUCUACAACUCUGGGCAUUUGGUUCCCAAUAAUGUACCGGUACCUGCUCUUGAUUUGAUCACCCGUUUUGUAAACGACGAGGCCUACAUGGACGUUGAAAUUCCAGCAUUCGAAGGACUAUCAAAGGGGAAUAGGGCCCGUUCGAGGCAUCAAUGGUUUCAUUCAAUUUUGCUGCUGACGGUGGCAAUCGUUUGCUUUGUAUCUGGGAUGCUAGCAGCAUCUUGCUGGAAUCGUCGAAGAAGUGGGUAUUCUUCAAUUCCUACCAAUGUCCAAACAACAUAA